AAGUCUGUUGGAGGUGUCAAAGGGCAACGUCCCUUAUGACGUCAGCGCGAAACAGUCUAGUUCCGAUUGGUUCUUGGAGCCUGGGCGGGGCCGGGGCAUCCCUGGCUCCGCCCCCCCCGCCGCGGCUCCUCUCGCACAUGCGCUCUGAUUGCAGCCUCGCCGCCGCGCCAUUUUGCUGAGGUUUGAAUGUGCGGCGGAGUGGCGGCUGGAGCGGGUCGUGCCGGCUACCGUUCGCGGCUGGGAUUCCCUUAUCCGUCCCCGUGUCCCCACGAGGUUCUACAACAAUGGAGCUCAGUGAUGCAAAUUUACAAACACUAACAGAAUAUUUAAAGAAAACCCUUGAUCCUGAUCCUGCCAUCAGACGUCCAGCUGAGAAGUUUCUUGAAUCGGUAGAAGGAAAUCAGAACUACCCACUGUUACUGUUAACAUUACUGGAGAAGUCCCAGGAGAAUGUCAUCAAAGUGUGUGCCUCAGUAACCUUCAAGAAUUACAUUAAAAGGAACUGGAGGGUUGUUGAAGAUGAACCAAACAAAAUUUGUGAAGCUGAUCGAGUAGCCAUUAAAGCCAACAUUGUGCAUUUGAUGCUUAGCAGCCCAGAGCAGAUCCAGAAGCAGUUGAGUGAUGCCAUUAGCAUUAUUGGCAGAGAAGAUUUCCCUCAGAAAUGGCCUGAUUUGUUGACAGAAAUGGUGAAUCGCUUUCAGAGUGGAGAUUUCCAUGUUAUUAAUGGAGUCCUUCGUACAGCACAUUCAUUAUUUAAAAGAUAUCGUCAUGAAUUUAAGUCAAAUGAGUUAUGGACUGAAAUUAAACUUGUUCUGGAUGCCUUUGCUUUGCCUUUGACAAACCUUUUUAAGGCUACCAUUGAGCUGUGCAGCACACAUGCUAACGAUGCCUCUGCCUUGAGGAUUCUGUUUUCUUCCUUGAUCUUGAUCUCAAAAUUAUUUUAUAGUUUAAACUUUCAGGAUCUCCCUGAAUUUUUUGAAGAUAAUAUGGAAACUUGGAUGAACAAUUUUCACACCCUGUUGACAUUGGAUAAUAAGCUUCUACAAACAGAUGAUGAAGAGGAAGCAGGCUUAUUGGAACUUCUAAAGUCCCAGAUUUGUGAUAAUGCUGCACUUUAUGCACAAAAGUACGAUGAAGAAUUUCAGCGGUAUCUGCCUCGUUUUGUCACAGCCAUCUGGAACUUACUAGUUACAACAGGCCAAGAAGUUAAAUAUGAUUUGUUGGUAAGUAAUGCAAUUCAAUUUCUGGCUUCAGUUUGUGAGAGACCUCAUUAUAAGAAUCUGUUUGAGGACCAGAACACGCUGACAAGUAUCUGUGAGAAGGUUAUUGUGCCUAACAUGGAAUUUAGAGCUGCUGAUGAAGAAGCAUUUGAGGACAAUUCUGAAGAGUACAUAAGAAGAGAUUUGGAAGGAUCUGAUAUCGAUACUAGACGCAGAGCUGCGUGUGACCUAGUCCGAGGAUUGUGCAAGUUUUUUGAGGGACCUGUGACAGGAAUCUUCUCUGGUUAUGUUAAUUCCAUGCUCCAGGAGUAUGCCAAAAACCCAUCUGUCAACUGGAAGCACAAAGAUGCAGCCAUUUACCUGGUGACAUCUUUGGCAUCAAAAGCCCAAACACAAAAGCAUGGAAUUACACAAGCCAAUGAACUUGUAAACUUGACUGAGUUCUUUGUGAAUCACAUCCUCCCUGAUUUAAAGUCAAGUAAUGUGAAUGAAUUUCCUGUGCUUAAAGCUGACGGCAUCAAAUACAUUAUGAUUUUUAGGAACCAAGUACCAAAAGAGCAUCUCUUAGUCUCUAUUCCUCUCUUGAUUAAUCAUCUUCAAGCAGAAAGUAUUGUUGUUCACACCUAUGCAGCACAUGCUCUGGAAAGGCUGUUUACCAUGAGAGGGCCUAACAACGCCACUCUUUUUACAGCUGCAGAAAUCGCACCGUUUGUUGAGAUUCUGCUAACAAACCUUUUCAAAGCUCUCACACUUCCUGGCUCUUCAGAAAAUGAAUAUAUUAUGAAAGCUAUCAUGAGAAGUUUCUCCCUCCUACAAGAAGCCAUAAUUCCCUACAUCCCCACCCUCAUCACUCAGCUCACACAGAAGCUCUUAGUUGUUAGUAAGAAUCCAAGCAAACCACACUUUAAUCAUUACAUGUUUGAGGCGAUUUGCUUGUCCAUAAGAAUAACCUGCAAAGCUAACCCUGCUGCUGUUGUGAACUUCGAGGAAGCUUUGUUUCUGGUGUUCACUGAAAUCUUGCAGAAUGAUGUGCAGGAAUUCGUCCCAUAUGUCUUUCAAGUGAUGUCACUGCUGCUGGAAACACACAAAAAUGACAUCCCAUCCUCCUACAUGGCCUUAUUUCCUCACCUCCUCCAGCCCGUGCUCUGGGAGAGAACCGGGAAUAUCCCGGCCCUCGUGCGGCUCCUCCAGGCCUUCUUAGAACGCGGCUCCAGCACCAUAGCAAGCGCUGCAGCCGACAAAAUUCCCGGGUUACUGGGCGUCUUCCAGAAGUUGAUCGCCUCCAAAGCAAACGACCACCAAGGCUUUUAUCUUCUCAACAGUAUAAUAGAGCACAUGCCACCUGAAUCAGUUGACCAGUACAGGAAACAAAUCUUCAUCUUGCUCUUCCAAAGACUUCAGAAUUCCAAAACCACGAAGUUUAUCAAAAGUUUCCUAGUCUUCAUUAAUUUGUAUUGCAUAAGAUAUGGGGCACUAGCCUUACAGGAAAUAUUUGAUGGUAUACAACCAAAAAUGUUUGGAAUGGUUUUGGAAAAAAUCAUUAUUCCUGAAAUUCAGAAAGUAUCUGGAAAUGUCGAGAAAAAGAUCUGUGCAGUUGGCAUCACCAAGUUACUCACCGAGUGUCCGCCAAUGAUGGACACCGAGUACACGAAGCUGUGGACGCCGCUGCUGCAGUCCCUCAUCGGCCUCUUCGAGUUACCCGAGGAUGACAGCAUCCCCGACGAAGAGCACUUCAUCGACAUCGAGGACACGCCCGGCUACCAGACCGCCUUCUCGCAGCUGGCGUUCGCCGGCAAGAAGGAGCAUGACCCUGUAGGUCAGAUGGUGAACAACCCCAAAAUCCACCUGGCACAGUCGCUUCACAAGCUGUCCACGGCCUGUCCGGGAAGGGUCCCCUCCAUGGUGAGCACCAGCCUGAACGCGGAGGCGCUGCAGUAUCUGCAGGGUUACCUCCAGGCGGCCAGCGUGACGCUGCUGUGACGCACGCACGCACGCGAGACGCCGCCGCGCGGCCUGAGCUCAGCUGCAUUGAGACAAGCACGGGUUUCCAUUGAACGAGGCGCCACUCCGUCGACGGUAAAGGACACUGGACGCGGCCCUGCCGGCUGGAGGGGCUGGAGGGGCGGGCGGGCGGGCGGCCUGGGUGCGGAGGCCGCGCACGUCUGUUUGAGUUGAACAUUUGCACGGUUUGGAUAAGUUCACGUUUUUGGCGGACACUGACUGUGGAGACUAGUUUCUGUUACUAAACCCUUUGUUUGGAAGCUGUUGCCGGUUCGUGUUUUUGUCUCUGUAUGUCGUCUGUUUCUUUAAGCCUUUAUUGGAAAUGUGAGAAAGUUUUUACAAAGUGUAACUCGCCAAGCAGUGCACAUUUCAUAGUUUCAUUCUGUAAUUAGCAAUAAAGUAAAACCUAAAACAUGUAUCUAAGAACAUC